AUGCCACCAAAGGGCAAGAAGAAAGACGCUGCCUCGGCUGCUACGAAGCCAGCCGCUGCCCAACCAGAGCAACAGCCGCCAAACUGGCCUCCCUUCAAACCUCUCAUCCCGCCUUCAGACCUAUCGCUGCAAGAAGUCGUACCAGCACAGAUCGUAACAGUGCCCAAUUUCUGGCCCUCUUCGCUCUGCAAAACUUACGUGUCUUUUCUCUCUUCGUUGCCUCUCAUUACUACUCCAGGGAAGCCAAAGAAAGGAGAAGCAGUGCGGGUAAAUGACCGCUUUCAGAUUCAAGAUCCAGUCUUCGCUAAGAGGCUCUGGGAAGAAACGGCGCUCAAGGAUAUCGUGCUCGGCAACGUCGAAUCUGAGGAUGGGCUGCGGAUGACUGAAGAGGAGAGAAGAAGUUUCUGGGGUGGUGAGGUCGUGGGACUAAACCCCAACAUUCGCAUUUAUCGCUAUUCAAAGGGACAGUUCUUCGAUCAACACUAUGAUGAUUUCAACAACGUCGUAAUUCCCGGAGAGAAAGACAUUCAGGCGAGGACAACCUGGACUCUGCUUCUCUAUCUGACCUCGCCGGCCACGGGAUGUAUUGGAGGUGAGACGGUCUUCUACCCUGAUCCGCCAAAGAAAGCGUCCAAGAAAGACCCGCCGCCAGACCCAAUCGCAGUAGGUCUGGAGGUUGGCAUGGCCUUACUCCAUAAGCAUGGAGCAGAUUGCAUGCUGCAUGAAGGAAGGGAGGUCCUGGAAGGGGAGAAGUGGGUCAUUCGCAGCGACUUGUGCGUUCGCAGGUAG